CUGAAAGAUGUCAACAAUUACUCUGAGGCGUCUUCAAAAAUAUUUCACUGGAGGGCUACAAUAAAAGGACCGCUUAACAGUCCAUAUUCUGAUGGUUACUUUCUACUCGACAUCAAAAUCCCAAAUGAUUAUCCAUUUUUGGCUCCUGAGAUAGUAUUUGUGACAAAGAUAUUUCAUCCUAAUGUACAUACUGAUGGAAAAAUAUGUCUCCACCCUUCUGACUGGACUUCUGCUUCGUCCAUAACUGACCGUAAGAACUUGUGUUUCUUGUUCUCAUCUGAAAACUUAGUUUUGUUUUCCAUUCUAGAGCUUCUUGAAUAUCCCGAUUUUGACAAACCGGGCCGUGAGCCAAUCGUUAAAAUGGGUAAAGAGAAUUACCAAAAAUACUACUUGUUUGCUAAGAGGUUUACGGAGAAAUACGCAUUGAAAGAGAAGCCUCUUUGA